AUGAGUGGCUCGGGAAAAAGUCUUCUGGGUAUGUGGCUUUAUCGCCGAGGUGAAGAAUGGACUCUUAAAGAGGGUAGUCCUUUGCAUAAAUCAACAAAUAUACCAAUGGUAAAAAAAAUGGAGCAUUCAGACAACAAAAGUUCAGUGGUAUUUUCAUUAAAAAAUCAAAUUGGUGGACUAGCUCGUGCUCUUCAAGUUUUUCAAGACUUGGGCGUAAAUGUAGUGCAUAUAGAAUCGCGUAAGUCAGUAAGACGUGGUUCAGAGUAUGAAAUUCUAGUAGAUGUCGAAUGUGAAUCCAAGAAGAUGGAACAGCUUACGCAUAUGUUAAGCCGCGAAGUCGCGGCAAUUAAUCUUGCACAGUAUGAACAAACUGGAAGUGUUCCUCAUGCACCGAUGUUAUCUGCAGCCCCUAGUUUUGAUUUUAGUCAAGUAGACAUGCUCUGGUUCCCCAGAAAAAUUUCAGAUCUUGAUCAAGCUCAAAAUGUUCUUAUGUAUGGUACUGCAUUAGAUGCUGAUCAUCCAGGCUUUAAAGAUCCAGGCUACUGUUUUUCGCGAGCUUUAUCAACUCACGCAUGCAAAGAAUAUUUAGAAAAUUGGCCUAAAUUAAGUAAAUAUUGCGGUUACAGAGAAGACAAUAUUCCUCAACUAGAAGAUGUGUCAGUAUUUUUAAAACGAAUGACUGGCUUUCAAUUACGUCCAGUUGCUGGAUAUUUAUCACCCCGGGACUUUUUAGCCGGGUUGGCUUUUCGCGUCUUCCAUUGCACUCAAUACAUACGUCAUUCGUCGGAUCCAUUUUACACACCUGAGCCUGACUGCUGUCAUGAAUUAUUAGGCCACAUGCCAUUGUUAGCGAAUCCAAGCUUUGCGCAAUUUUCUCAAGAACUAGGAUUAGCUUCUUUAGGAGCUUCUGAAGAAGAUAUUAAUAAAUUAGCCACACUGUAUUUCUUCACUGUGGAAUUUGGAUUAUGUAAGCAAGAUGGCGAUUUGCGGAUCUACGGUGCAGGAUUGUUGUCGUCAGUUGCAGAAAUAAAGCAUGUUUUGGAGGCUAAAGAUAAAAUUUACCGCUUUGAGCCUGAUGUUACAUGUCAACAAGAAUGUGUUAUUACAGCUUACCAACAUGCAUAUUAUUACACCGACAGUAUUGAAGAAGCUAAAGAAAAAAUGAGAGCAUUUGCCAACGGGAUCCAACGUCCGUUUGGCCUACGAUACAACGCAUACACCCAGUCUGUUGAAGUUCUGACAGAUGCCCAAAAAAUAACCGCGUUGGUCAGCGAGCUGCGCGGCGACCUUUGUAUUGUCUCAAAUGCACUCAAGAAAAUUCAUGAGCAAGAUGACACCGUGGAUGUUGAGAAGAUAACUAGUCUUCUCACUCAAGGUAUUAACUUACCACAGGAUCCAUCUUCAUCGUCUUCUUCGGACACUGAUGAUGGUGACAAGAGCCCUAAUGUUGACGACCGUAAAAGUAUAGACCAAAGUCAUUCUUAG